AUGUCAUCCAACAAACCACCCUCCGGGCCCGAUCAAUCCCGCAACGAAUACAUUCCAUCCUUCAUCUCGAAACGACCCUUCUGGGCCGAAACUACCAGCGACGCCGACUACCUCGAACACCAACGUCUACAGACAGAAUCCAAAGACACUCUUGACAAGGCGAAAUGGUACGACCGGGGCAAAAAACUCGGGCCUGCAGCCACCAAAUACCGCAAGGGAGCCUGUGAAAACUGCGGUGCCAUGACCCAUAAGACGAAGGAUUGCCUGAGUCGGCCGCGGAAGAAGGGCGCCAAGUGGACGGGAAAGGACAUACAAGCUGACGAAGUCGUCGAAGAUGUCUCACUCGGGUGGGAUGCCAAACGGGAUCGCUGGAAUGGGUACGACAAUCGAGAGUACGGCGGAGUGGUACAGGAAUACGAAGAACUCGAGUCUUUGAAGCGAGCAGCUGCCGCAACGACGUUAAAAGACGGCGCCAUCACAAGUGGCGACGCAACACCUAACCCAGAUUCCGACGCCCGCUACGGCGAAGAAACCGACAUGGGACGUUCCCAACCAACCUCAACUCGGCAAUUACGCCUCCGAGAAGACACCGCCAAAUACCUACUCAACCUCGACCUCGACAGCGCACGCUACGACCCCAAAACCCGCUCGAUGGACACAUCGGCACAAGAUCUCUCGAAAGACGGCGGUACUUCAGAAUCUAUCGCGGAGGAGAACUUCAUCCGCCCGUCCACCGACGACAGUAACGCCUUCGUGCGCGCCCAGCAAUACGCGUGGGAGACACAAGAAUCGGGCAGCGGCAGCAAGAAACUGCACCUCCAAGCCAACCCCACCGAAGGCGAGAUUCUCCACAAGAAACUCACGCUCGAAGCCGCCGAGAAGAAAGCCUCGGCGCGCAAAGCCCUCCUCGACAAGUACGGCGGAUCCGAACAUCUCCCGCAGAACGAGAGCGUCAAAAGACUUUCCAAACUCAACGCCGUGCGCGCAUCGGAGCGCUACGUCGAGUACGACGCCCAGGGCCACGUCAAAGGCCUCCCCGUGCAGAAAGCGCGCUCCAAGUACGCCGAGGACGUGUUCACGAACAACCACAGCAGCGUCUGGGGCAGCUGGUGGCGCAACUUCACGUGGGGCUACGCGUGCUGCCACAGCACGGUGAAGAACAGCUACUGCACGGGCGAUGCGGGAAAGCGCGCCUUUGAAGAUGCAGAGGGAUUGCGCACGGGCACGGCGCUAUUAGAGGACGGCGGCCAUCUGGCUUCACGAGACGAAGACGACGAGAAGGAGAAAAUCACGACCGGACAGGAUGGUGAACACGUCGUGCCCGACACAGACCACAAAUCUUCGUCGACGACGACAACCACGGCCAAGAAACGCACCCUCCAGGAAAUCCAGUCCGGCAUCUCGCACGACGAGCUCGAGUCGUACAAGCGCAACCGCGUCGCGGCAGACGAUCCCAUGGCGAAGAUGCUGGGGCGGGAUGAACUGGUGCAGUGA